ACUCCGCACGCAAUCAAAUAAAUACUAGUCCGACUUCUGAACGAAAAACUAGUUACACUCAUUUUACACUGCCUUGAUAACAAAAUGGCUAGACCACAGGUCUCAAUUCACGGUUGUGAGGAUGGAGCUCUGAUCAGCAGACAGCUCGCACUCCCCGCUAUCUUUAAAGCACCUAUCAGACCAGAUGUUGUACACUUUGUUCACUCUAAUAUCGCUAAGAAUCACAGACAGGCAUAUGCCGUAUCUAGAGAAGCCGGUCACCAAACUAGUGCUGAAUCCUGGGGUACAGGUCGUGCUGUAGCUCGUAUUCCUCGUGUCCGAGGAGGUGGUACCCACAGGUCCGGUCAGGGAGCUUACGGUAACAUGUGCAGGAGUGGACGCAUGUUCGCCCCCACCAAGACCUUCAGGAAAUGGCACAGACGUGUAAACAGGAAGAUGAGAAGGUAUGCUAUCUGCUCUGCUGUCGCUGCUUCUGCUCUGCCCUCACUUCUCAUGGCCAGAGGACACAAGGUCGACAAGGUCGCUGAGGUACCCUGUGUUAUUGAAGCUGGAGUAGAAUCCAUCACCAAGACUAAGCAGGCUGUCACUCUGAUGAAGGCCAUCGGAGCUUACGAUGAUGUCGAGAAGGCCAAGGAGUCCAGAAAGGUCAGGACCGGUGUCGGCAAGAUCAGGAACAGGCGUCACACCAUGAGGAAAGGACCUCUCGUGAUCUACAAAGAAGACAACGGAAUCACCAAAGCUUUCAGGAAUCUCCCAGGAGUCACCCUCCUGAACGUGAGCCGAAUGAACCUCCUCCAUCUGGCCCCUGGCGGUCACCUCGGACGGUUCUGUAUCUGGACCGAGCCCGCUUUCAAAGCUCUCGGAGAGAUCUAUCCUUCCAACAUCCUGCCAAGAGACAUGAUGAAGAACGCUGACCUGACCAGGAUUAUCAACUCUGAUGAGAUCCAGAGAGUCGUCCGACCUACCAAGAACCAAAGGAGACCCGCUAUCAAGAAGAAUCCUCUGAAGAACAUCAACGUUAUGAUCAGACUGAAUCCUUACGCCAAGAUUGCCAAACGUGCUGCCACACUCGCUCUGUUAAAGAGGGCCAAAGCAAGGGCUGUUGCAAGCUGAAUAUAAUUUAUAAUGUUUUUAAUUUUAUCCAAAAA